UUCAUUUUCCGUCGAUUCCCAUGGUCACCACAGCAGUAAAGCCUCCCCCGCUGCGUUCCCUCUUCGCCAUGACCAGCCGCCGCCGCCGCCGCAGCUCUUCACCGGUGGCGACAUCCAUUCUCUUCAGCCCCCUGCGCUCCGUCUCCUCCCCUACCCGGAGUUCCUUGUCUGCUCUGUGCUGCUUGUUCCUGGCCCUUGCGCUGUCCGUCUCGGCGGCGGCGGCGGGGGAUUCCGCGGAGGACAACGAUGAGGACGGUCGCUGCCUCUGCUUUCGGGAUGUGUGCGCGGAUGGGAGUUCUUUCUGCUUCGCGUCCUCGGCCGUUCAGACGCUGCUUGCCAGCGAUGGUGGCAUCAUGGAGCCCGAUUUGGGGUUUCCUAGGGACCGGGGACCGUCCCGGCCAAUGUGCUUCCCGAUGUCCGGCGGUAGCAUGGUAACCUGCUCCUCUGUAGAUUCGACGAUCACUGGGGCGCUUGAUGCCUUGGGGCAAGAGGGCAAGGAUGUUGCGCGAUACGAUGCGGCGUCGUGCCAGGCGCCGCUUGUGCCGGACAAUUGGAUGCAGGCGUCGCAUGGGGUGCCACUGGAAUUGGAUGGCACGACCACAGAUGUCAACUCAAAUGGCCUUUACAGUUCCUCGUCCAUGGAUGUAGAGAUAAAUCCACCGGUGUUAGAUUGGGGCAGGAGCAACCUGUAUGCAGCCUCCAUGGCCUCCUUGACCGUGGUGAAUCGGAACAAUGACAGCGUCUUGCGUGUCUAUGAGCCAUUCAGCACUGAUCCCCAGUUCUAUGUGUAUGGUUAUGAGGAUCUGGUACUGCAGCCCGGGGAAAAUGCAUCAGUCACCUUCGUCUUCCUGCCCAAGUUGUUGGGCUCUUCGUCAGCACAUUUGGUUUUGCAGACUAAUUUUGGUGGAUUUAUCAUACAAGCUAAGGGCAUGGCUGUCAGGUCACCCUAUCAGAUACUGCCAUUAACCAGGAUGGAUGUUGUAUUAGGUGGACACCUGGAGAAGAAUUUGUCGAUAUACAACCCUUUUGGUGAUUCUCUUUAUGUCGAAGAAGUGGCUGUAUGGAUGUCUUCAUUUGAAAGCACAAAACAGUCUUCUCAUGUAGUUUGUCAGUUAGGCCCUGUAGAUGAGGCAGUGGAGGUAACUUCCUUGAGCAGCAACUGGCAUACUGCAAGCAGUACUGAAUUUGGACGGCCAGUGUUCCAUAUUAGGCCUAGUGAGCAAUGGGAGGUGCUUCCUUCGAGAACCAGCACUGUCGUGGAGUUGAAAUUGCAACCUAUUUCAGAAGGCAAAGUAUUUGGUGCUAUCUACAUGAAACUGCGCAAUUGCACAACUGAUACAAUGGAUAUUGUUGUUAUACCUAUUGAGCUAGAGGUGCACACACGGACCUACUAUGAUUCCACCAGCUUAGUUUCUGUCACGUUUGAGCACAUAUCAUCUUGUGCUGGAAAUGGGUCAAUAUAUUCCCUUUCUUUGCGGAAUGAUGCAGCAGAGUUACUAAGGAUUGUAAGUGUAACUGCGGAUAACAAGGAUGACCUGACGAUCUUUCAGGUGAAGUACCUGAAUGGAUUGAUACUCUUCCCUGAUACCGUAACUGAUAUAGCUUUGAUAAGAUAUGAUGCUUCAGUUCCAAAGGAUAUUUCAUUUGACAACUGCAAUAUAGUGAUCAAGACAAACAGCUCUCUUGGUAGUUCAGUUGUGAUACCCUGCCAAGAUAUAAAGCGUGCAUCUAUUUCUUCUACACCUAACGCUGCUGUUGCUGAAUCUGAUGAGCAAGCUGGUGUAUCAUUUUCUGAAGAAAUCUCUGCUAGCUCAAGGACAGGAUCUUUGGGCAGCAUAACAGAAACAGAACGCUGGCAUAACAUGAAGCCGGCAAUCAGGAGAGCAGACAGAGCUGAUGAUAUGGUGCUUAGGAAUUGGAGAUCGCAUGGCACAAUGACUGGGAUUUCUGUUCUCACAAAUCAUGCGCUGUUGUUUCCUGUUGUGCAAAUUGGAUCACAGUUUACUGAAUGGAUAACUGUCCAUAACCCAAGCCAGCAGCAUGUGUCCAUGCAGCUGGUGUUGAACUCCGAGGAAAUAAUUGAUCAGUGCAAAACAGUAAAAGAUGCACGCGAACACACUUUCUCAAGCAGAUCUCCGGAAAUUGACUCGACAGAGACUAGAUAUGGUUUCUCAUUAGGCAGUUCAGCAAUUACUGAGGCCUCUCUUGGUCCUUUGGCAAGCGCUUUACUUGGCCCCAUUGUUUUUCGUCCUUCGAAUCGGUGCAUGUGGUCAAGCAUGGCUUUGAUUAGAAACAAUCUGUCAGGCUUGGAGUGGCUGCCUCUUCGAGCACACGGUGGCUGGCAAUCUAUUGCUCUGCUAGAAGGACCUGAACCUGUUUGGAAGCUGGAGUUUAACCUUGGGUCCAAUCUUCAAGAUAACUCAACACUGUCCAAAUCCGAGAUCACCAGCCCUUUGUGCAGUCAACAGUUUUCUAAGGAAAUAGAUGUCAAAAAUAGUGGUGACCUUCCUCUUCGAGUCACAAAGGUAAAAGUUUCUGGAGUUGACUGUGGUCUUGAUGGAUUUACCGUGAACAACUGCCAGGGAUUUAGCUUAGCACCAAGUGAAUCAAUGAAGAUGCUCAUUUCUUUUAAAGGUGACUUCUCUUCAGUUAAGGUUCAGCGAGAUCUUGAGCUGGCUAUGACUACUGGCAUCUUUGUAAUCCCUAUGACUGCAAAUGUUCCUCUCUGCAUGCUUAAGCAGUGCAGAAAGUCUUACUUCAGAUCCAUCCGUUGGAAAGCAUUGAUACUCUUUUUCGGAACUGUGUCCGUGUUUGUUCUGGUCUUUGUUCGCAGUUCCCCGUUUUCUUUGUCAGUGAGCUCUCAAGAUUACUAUGUCAAGAUUGAUGACGGGAAAGAUAACAUUACUAAGACUGUCAAGCCCUCAUUUCUUCAGGGUAGCAACAAAACUUCCAGGUCGAUAAGGGAACACAAAAAAACUGAAGAAGCUCUUCCUGAGAAAUGCCUUCCUAGUACUCAUGAUGGGCCCCAAAAGAAAGAUGACAAGAGGAAGCCAGAUAAACAACAAAAUACAGCUACAACUAUAUCUGUGUCCCCUGCUAAUCGUGUGGAAGAUAAGGUAACAAGCGAAGCUACACAAACUAGUGGAAACCUUACUAUCAGAGUUGCUCGAGACAAAGGGAGGCGAAGAAAGCGAAAAGUUGGUGGUACAGGACUGGCAGCAAAAUUUGAGGUUUCUAGCAGCCACAGCGGAAAUUCAACACCAUCCUCACCGUUAUCACCAAGUUUAACCCCAAAACAAGGCUGGCCCUUUUCUGGAGCACCAUCAGAACUGAAGCACAAAACUAAACUCGAGAAUAGACUCGAUGUUGAGACAAGGGCACCAUCAACUGGGAACAACAAAGAGAAGAAUGACUGGUCGCGAACUGCCAAGCAGCAGCCACCUGCACCUUCAGCAGCGACAUCUCUAAACCCGUUGGCUUCAUCCACUGCACUGACCACAGCAUGGAGCUCACCAUUACUGGCUGCAUCUUCCCAAAUUGCUCCGCAUGCUCGUGCUCCUGGCUCCAACCUGGUGAAAGAUAAGGCUGUGAAGAGAGAUGAGGGUGUCACUGCACUGAAGAAAGAGUUCACUUAUGACAUAUGGGGCGAUCAUUUCUCUGGGCAUCUGCUGGGGAAAGCAAGGGAGGUCGAGCCAUAUAAGUUGUUUGGUGCUUCUGAAGGGGCCUCCAACAGUUUCUUUGCAAGGGAGCCCCAGGCCCUCAUGAUGAAGCAACCAUCUGCACCACCCGUGUCUCGUGGUCGCAGGUCGCAGCCAUCUGAUGUAGCUCCUGGUUAUGGAAUAAAUUAAGAAGUUGAAAGUUGAA